AACAAUAUGGCGGUGUAAAUGCCAGGUUAUGGCUAGACGGGAUGCAGUUUUUGUCAAAUUAACAUCAUAUUUGACUUUUUGCAGCAGGUUAUGAUAAUUUACGAAGCAGGUUAAGAGAAUGAACGUAGCAGGUUAGGAUACUUGUGUUAAGGUUAUGACAAGAGUUAUGGUUAGUGUUAGUAAAAUGCUAAAUAAAUCAACUUUUGGUGUUAAUUUGACCAAAGCUGGAUACCUUCUAGUCUUGACCGGGUAACCACUGCAGAAAAAGAACGGAGUGACUCGAUGUUGUAUUAGAAUAAGACGAUAACAUGGAGUCCAUUGAUUUGGAGAGGGAGGACCCUUCUAGCUCACUAUCUGGAUAUGCCAAUGGAGAGAUAAUGACCCUGGAGAUCUCAGAAGUCUCUCCAGACUUGCUUGUUCUCCAGGUAAAAGACAACCUACCUGAAAGUAACCAUGGCAGCCUAGACAUGGAGAUGGAUGCUGACUUUCAUAAUGAUGAUGGGCAUGGUUUUGCGAAUGUGGAACUCCAGUUCUUUCCAUGUGAUGCCUGCGAAGCCUCCUUCACUAGUGAACCAGAGCUGGAGCAGCACUUCAUAAGCUCUCAUUCAAUAUGUGAUGUAGCAAGUGAGAGAGGAAGACCGAAAGCCAAGUCAAUGGAAACAGAAGGUGUCUCACCCCUGCACACCUGCAUGACUUGUGGGAAGGAGUUUAAAUACCUAACUUCAUUCACAAAGCACCAGGCCACUCACAUUGUACCAAGACUGAGAGGAAAUGGAAAGUCAAUCAUAGCAGUAGGCUUGAAUGUCAAUCAGAAAGUGAAAGGCCUUCACACCUGCAGGCACUGUGGUAAGGGGUUCAAAUACCUAACUUCUUUCAUAAAGCAUGAGAAGACUCACAGGAUAACCAAAAAAAGCAGAAAAAAACAGAGGAACCCUUCAAAUUCUGAGAUUAUUGUACGUCUGGAAGGCAAUAGGAAAGAUGACACAGAAACUUGUGUAAGGGCCACCAAGAAAAAAAGGAACAGCGAUGAUACUGAGGAUCAGGAUGCAUGUAUUCUAAUAUCUUCUGAUGAUGAACUAGCCAACACUGCAGAGCAGCAAACACCUGACUCUAACCGUUCUCCUCCUUUUCCUUCUGACUCUAACCAUUCUCCUCCUUUUCCACCUGACUCUAACCGUUCUCCUUUUCCACCUGACUCUAAACGUUCUCCUCCGUUUCCUUGUCUGGACUGUGGGAAGGUUUUUAAGUUUUUCAAAUCUUACCAAAAACACCAGAAAAGACAUGCUUGGGCACAGGGCAAAAGUGAAAUAGUGCCUCCUAAACAGGAGCACGGACCGGAAGUGAAACAACAGAUUAGAUGUCCAGUUUGUGGUAGAGCAUUCAACAAGCUUAAAGCUUGCACCAAACAUGAGAAAAUGUAUCAUCGGGAAAAUAACUUGCGUAAAAACACAUUUUCUUUAACGUGCUGUGAAUGUGACCGUCAUUUUGAAAAGGCAGAUAUUUUCCAAAAGCAUAAGUGCUUCCACCUGCGUAAGCAUGUAAAGGCUUUCAUAGAGGCAAGUAGGGUGAGCCAACAGGGGGAUCUUUUCUAUUGUCAACUCUGUGUCCUAAAGCUCGCCAGUGGACUGGAGUUUGAGAAUCAUGCCAGGGAAAUGCACCCAGACCAAUAUCGCAAAACCCUAAAAGCAGUAGGCAAUGUCAGGACAUGUAUCAUUAAAGACACCUUGAAAGGCUUGCCGACACAAAGGGAUCUGGAGGAAACUGAAAUAGACUUAAACACUGUAGGAGAGACAGGGGAAGAUGUAGCGAGACAAUUUAUUUGCAAAGAUUGUGGGGACUGUUUCACAUAUCAUGUUUCGUUUAAUUUUUGUGGGAAAUGUUUAAAGGAUCGCAAAGACUCUAGGAGAAUUCGGGAAAGCAACGUAAAAGCCUCCAAGCUGCACCACUGUGAAGAAUGUGGACUUGACUUUGGCCGAAAAGAUCACCUAAAGCGCCACAGCUGUUCUCAUUCUGGCAGUUCCUUUAUCUGUUUUGAUUGUGGCGUUGGAUUCAGGGAUCCAGGAGAGUUGCGGACGCAUGAAAAGACUCAUCAGGUGAGAAACCACAUCUGCCAACUGCGUGAGAAGCGAUGUGAACAUCAAAAGGAAGUGAUGUUGCAUCAUGAAGUUGAUCAUCCAGGACCAGACGGUUAUACAUGCCACCAGUGUGGCAAGAAAUGUAGUACUGGGGAAAAGCUGAGGAAACACAGAAUGAUCCAUUCGGCCAAAACUCCCCAUGUUUGUUCAUAUUGCGGUACAAAGUUCAAGAGGCGAAAGCAUUUGAGACGGCAUGAGAACCUGCACACCAAUGAGAAACCUCACCUUAGUCAUUGUUAUGGAGAUACAUUUGGGCGGCAGGAGGACUUAAAGACCCACCUCGGUAAAAUGCACACAAUGUUGAGAAGUUAUCUUUGUAAGGCUUGUGGGGCAACGUUCAAGGACCGUAACUAUCUCCGGAGACAUAGAUAUCACACUCACACAAAGGCAGGUAAGGUGUUCCAAUGUGAGGAGUGUGGCCUAAGCUUCAGCCGGGCGGAUCAUCUGAAGCACCACAAGUACACACAUUCUACUGAAAGGCCCUUCUCAUGCUCAAUGUGUUACAAAGUAUUCCACAUUGCAGAAAACCUCAAGAAGCAUGAGCGAAAUCAUAGAAACAAGUGGUUGGAGUACCUCAACACCCGCCGCCACAAUAACACACCCAAGCAGGAGAGCCAUGUUUCUGAGAGCUCCAAGUGGAAACUUGGCUGGUCUGAAGCAUCUGCCCUACUAAAGCUCAUUCAGAGCCACUCCAAGCACCAACAUCAUACCUGCUAUGUUUGUAAAAAUACUUUCAGAGGGCUUUACUAUCUGAAAAGACACCGUCUACUAAACUGUCUUGGACAAAGGAGUAAAAUUAUGGAUUCAUUCUGAUAUGGAACUGUUCAAUAACUCACUUUGGUGUUGAUAAUAUGAGAGAUUUAGAAGAUUAAUUUAAUUUUGUAGAACUUGUUGUGUAUUUUGUAUAUAGUGAGCUGUGGUUUGGUAUCUUGUAUUGUCUGGUUAUUUAAAUGUUAUUGUAGACCCUCAUAGCCAUCAUACCAGAGCCAGUGUUGCCAAUAUUAGACUGCUGUGCUAUAGUAGGAUUACAUUAGGCACAGACGUCAGUUCAACAUCUAUUUUACAUUUUUGUAAACUAACGUGAAUUCAAAAUGAAAUCAGCAAAACAUUUCACCAUGACAUUGGAUUUAGGUUCCAAGUUGGGUGGAAAAAAAUCCUGUACGUUGAUGACUUUUUGCAAUUACGAUCAUUUUUCCACGUAGAUUCAAAGUCAUCACAUUGUUUCCACGUCAUUUCAACAAAAACAUCUAUGUUGAUUAAACCAGUUUUUGCCCUGUGGGUUUGCUGGGGAAAGAAUUAUUUCCUUAAAACUGGUGCAGAAGAAUGGAAUGGUGUACCAAACCUUAUAAAAUCCAUCCCUACACUAGGGAGUUUUAAGAAACCAUAAGAGGAAAUAAAUGGUUUAUGGGCUAAAUGCUUUAAAACUACACAAGCUAAAAGAAAGUAUAAUUGUAUCAAUGAACAUUACUUGGUUAUCUAUUUUAUUCCUUUUACUGUUUCCUCCCUAUUGAUAAGAUGUAUUUGAGAUGUUAUAAUUAAGCAAUAAAGCCAGACGAGGUGUUAUAUAUUGCCAAACUACCACAGCUAAAGGCUGUUCUUAGGUGCAACGCAGCGUGCCUUGAUUCAGCCCUUAGCCCAUAUAAAGCAAACUCCUGAUGUGCCUUAAUUAUAUUAUAAACUGGUUACCAAUGUAAUUAGAACAGUAAACAAGUAAUUAUGCAUCACACCUGUGGUAUAUUUAAGCAAUAAGGCCCCCGAGGGGGUGUGGUAUAUGACCAACAUACCAUGGCCAAGGGCUGUUCUUAAGCACGACGCAACGCGGAGUUCCUGGAUACAGUCCGUAGCUGUUGUAUAUUGGCAAUAUGCCACAAACCCCUGAGGUUACCAACGUAAUUACAAUAGUAAGGAAGUAAUUAUGGGUCAUAUCCGUGGUAUAUUUAAGCAAUAAGGCACCUCAGGGGUUUGUGGCAUAUGGCCAAAAUACCAGAGCUAAGGGUUGUAUCCAGGCAUGCCACGUUGUGCCUAAGAAAAGCCCUUAGUUGUAGUAUAUUGGCCAUAUACCACCCCCCUCUGGCCUUAUUGCUUAAAUAUACCACGGCUUUCAACCAGUCAACAUCCAGAACACAAACUACCCGGUUUAUAAUCUUGUGUAUAUUUUGUUUUUGUGUAUUUUCAAGGGGACCACAAUGGAAAUACGUUUUACAUUUUGUGGUUGUAUUGUGUUUAAAAUGGUCCAAUUCUAUCAUGCAUUUUAACAAUGACAAUUAUAAAAUCAAACAAUUCAUUUUGUUAUCUUGUUUCCUGUAUCGAAUGCCCACUGAAGAAUGUCUAUAGGACCAGGCAUAUCAAAAUAUCCUUCAACAUUUUGUUAUUGAAGCAGUUAGGAAGCUUGCAUGCAUACUUUAUAGUAUAUUCUUACUCUUACCUCUUUUGUAACAUUUUGGAAAUGAACAAUGAAACAGAUGUUGAUGAUCAAUAAAACAAAGAGAUGGUGUAAUAAAAAAAAAAA